AUGCAAAAAUUGAUUGUUGUCUUUGAUGGAAUUGGACGUCUUGAUAAUCUCGAAGAUGCCAUUGCUGAUGCUUUGAGAAAUGAAAUCUAUUUUCAACGUGAUAGUGGAACAAAAGUCAAAGAUGGAUAUGAUCCACGAGCAGAAGAAUUAAAAUGGUGUUUGAUUUGGAAUAAAGAAGCACAUGGAGAACUGGAAAUUUUGAUCAAUUUCGAAGAUGAGAAUACGGCGUUCGUGGAAACGAAACGACGUUGGAUAAAUAAAUUAGGACAAGCAGCACUUUUCGAAGCUUUAUGUCGAAAUAACAUUCAUUUCGUCGAUCUAUUGAUGGAUAAUGGAGCAUCUGUAGAAACAUUCAGUAUCAAUGAAUUCAAGAUUAUUUGUGAGAAAACAUUGAAUAAAUAUGCUUUAAAUCUUGAUUUGACUAAAACUUCUAUUUAUGCAACGAAUGAUUCAAACAAAUUCAUUGAAGAAAUCUACAAAGCGUAUCUUUGGCAAUAUUUGGAACAUUAUAUAAAAGAAGAAAAUAGCAGAGAAAAAAAAUCAACAAUACAACAACUGAUUUAUUGGAAUAAUAAACAUCAGUUUCAUUCAACGAAUAUCACAAAUAUUUUGUUUAACCAACAUAAAACUGAAGCACUUUAUCUUUGGUUAUUAUUUAUGAAAAAACCCGAAAUGGCAAAAUGUCUCUGUUCAAAACUUCAAAAUCAAACAGUAGCAACACUUUUAGCAGCUGCAAUUUAUUUCAAAGCAGCAAAAAAUAAUAUACAAAAUCGUCCUGCAUUAAUCAAAUUGGGAAAAGAAUUUGAUCGUCAUGCAAAGAAUCUUAUUGAUGAAUGUUUUUCUCAAGAUAAGAGUCUUGCUCAUAAAUUAAUUCAUUGUAAAGCUCCAGCGUUUUAUCAUUGUACACCGUUGGACAUUGCUCGACGUGCUGAUUGUCGACGUUUUCUCGCCAGUGAUACUGUUCAAAGACAUGUUGAUCAAAAAUGGUAUCAUCAUUUUGAUACUCAUCAACGAUUUUUAAAUAUGCCAAUCUAUGUUUGGGUUUGCAUUUUAUCGUUACUUUUACCUCUUAUACCCAUUGGAGCUGUGUUGUUUCCUUCUCUGUACAAGAGAUCGUCUGGAAAUAAACAGAAAAACAAAUAUUUCAAUCGAUUUCGUUCACCAGUGGUUUAUCAAUGGACAUCAGCAGAUGAUAGUGGAGAGAAACGAUAUUGCACACAAGUAGUCAUUUGGUUUCGUGAAAUAUGGCGUCGAAUUUUGUAUUUCUAUGAAGCUCCAGUAGUGCGCUUUUAUUAUCAUGCUAUAUUCUUCUUUGUAUUUCUGACUUUAUUCAGUUACGUUCUUUUGGUUGACUAUUUUCCUUUAAAUAAUUAUGGUGGAACACGUUCGGGUUUUCGCCGUUUAAAAAUUCCAAUUUCAGAAAUUCUUUUACAUAUUUCUAUCUGGACUUUAAUUAUCGAUGCGUCCUAUGAGUUAACAUCACGAGCACAAUUACAUUACGAUUAUUUUGUCAGCAGUUGGAAUUUGGAAGAUGUAGCAGCCGUUGUUUGUUAUUUGAUCGGAUUUAUUACGCGAUUAUUUAUGAAUGAAUCCGCUUUUAUCGUCUCAAAAGUAUUCAUGUCCAUUGAUUUAAUUCUUUGGUCGAUUCGACUUCUUCAUCUGUUUUCUGCCUACGAAUCUUUGGGUCCUAAACUAAUGAUGAUUUCAAGAAUGAUUAAAGAUGCAUUUUUGAUCUUUGUUUUCUUCAUUUUGAUCCUGCUACUUUCCUUUUCGGUCACUUCUUGGUCUCUUUUAUCAACCAAUACUCAAGUGAAUUGGAUCUAUGCAAACGAUGGUUCGUUAUUCAAUGUUACUGUACUCAAUGGCGGAAGUGGCCUUUGGACAUGGCAAUUACUACGAGAUGUUUUAAAUUGGGGUAUAUGGAAAGUAUUUGGGCAAAUCGAUGAACCUUUCAACAAUCUUGUUAGUGAGAAUGAUGUUUAUGGAACAGUUGUUUUCCUAUUUGCAAUUAUCUUUGUGGUGAUUUCAAAUGUUCUUCUGAUGAACGUUCUCGUUGCCAUGUUUAAUGUGACAAUUCAACGUGUUCUCGAUCGAUCACAUCGAAUUUGGAGACAUCAGAGAUUUUUACUUGUUUAUGAGUACAGUCAAAGACCUGUUUUACCUGCACCAUUGAGUGUCUUCUAUUAUCUUUUUCAAUUAUUCACAUCUCUUAGUGAAUGUUAUCGACAGAAAUGUUUAUGUGGAUCAACACGAGUCGAUCGAAUUCAAGAUGAAUCAUCAGAAUUUAGCAUUUCCGAUACCUCAUAUGAGAUCAAUUAUGAAAAAGAAAUUGGAGAAAUCUAUUGGAAACGUUGUGGAUUUGUCGUCGAAGAAGGAGAAGAACAAAACAAUAUUCUCAAUGGAAAAGUUUUAGCGAAAAAAAUUGAUAAACUCAAUGAUGGAAUUAAUCGAAUACUUCAAAAAUAUUCUUUACAAAAACCGGAUAUUCAAAUAUUCAAAAGUGAUAUUGAAUCUUCUACACCUCCUCCACCGCCAUUAUCGUCUGAACUAACAACUCUGAUCAUUUCUUCUCAAGAAAGAAACAAUCAACAAAUACGACGAACCAAAGUGAAUAUCAUACGAUUGGUUGAAUGUGACAAAUUUCAUUCAACGUCAACUUCUGAAAUUAUCAAUAUCAAUGUUUUAUCUGCGCGAAAGACUUAA